AUGGAGAAAGAAAUAUUGCGAAGACCAGCUACAUAUAUGCUGCCAAGAGAAACUAUUGUGUACAAAAUAGUAACGGAUCUCUUCCCACCAAGAAACCCACAAAAUUCUUAUUGCUUCUUCUGUAAUAUCAAUCCGGUUCAAGUACCUCAUCGUCACACACAUAUUAUGUAUAUCACUCCAGUUUGUCUCAAUCAAAAACCAAACGACUGUUACUUGUUGAACAAUGAGUUCUUGGCAGGAUCCCGACUAGUUCUCAUUAUUGAUACUCGAUACACCGAAGAAAAUUUUUCAUUCGUCGUGUUGGAAUCUGACACUGAGUUUGCAACGAUUCCUCUUCAACCAAGAUCAACGAACUAUUUGGAGUUGGUGAAGAUGCCUACUGUUGCUACACACUUUGCCAGUGAAUUUGAGCCCAGUGGAUUGGAUUUUGAAAUCGCUGUCGAACUGAAUGGUGAACGGCCGAGAAUGGUGAAUUUGUCCGGAGAUGCCAGAGAAACCCGACGGUUGCAGACGAAUCGAUCGAUGCUGGUUAUGACCUACUGGAAGAAAGCACCACCUUAUUAA